CGGUCAGCGGAGGGAGCUCGGACACCGCCCGGACUGAUGUUGCUUUUGGAGGUUCCAGACGCCCCCGGGUCACACUGGGACCCGAAGGAGCCCCGGAGGCGGUCGCCCCUCCUUGUUUGGGCCCCUGUGGGGCGUGCCGGCCGCGCUGCUCCGUCUGCUCGGACGCCGAAGCGUCUGGCGGGCGGAGGGGCCGAGCGCAGCCUCCCUCUCCCUCGGCGUGCGGUCUCCCCGCAGGCUGUGUGCGGACCGCUCGCACCUCCGUCCGGAGGCGCCCGCUCCGCCGGCUGCUCUUUCUAGGAAUCCCUUUCCGAGACCUGUUGCCGAGUCCCCCGCUCGUGCGUUUGAGAUCUUUGACACAGAUUCCUCUUCCUUCUUCUUACGCCCACUGGAGCUUCUGCUGGGCCUGGUAUAAGGGUUUUUCAAGAUUGUAGUACGAGGUGGAAAGCUAGCGUGCUCAGAAAGCGAGGAGGAGGAGAAAUUACUUGGGAAGGCUGAUAAAGGCUUUGAGGGGAGGGCACAGUUCGAUGUUGGACUUUAAAGGCAAGGAGACACGACAGUGGCGAUGGAAGGGCGAGGAGAUGUGGUAUGGUGUGUUCCUGUGGGCACUGGUGUCCUCUCUCUUCUUCCAUGUCCCUGCUGGAUUACUGGCCCUCUUCACCCUCAGACAUCACAAAUAUGGUAGGUUCAUGUCUGUAAGCAUCCUGUUGAUGGGCAUCGUGGGACCAAUUACUGCUGGAAUCUUGACAAGUGCUGCAAUUGCUGGAGUGUACCGAGCAGCAGGAAAGGAAAUGAUACCAUUUGAAGCCCUCACCUUGGGCACUGGACAGACGUUUUGUGUAGUGGUGGUCUCCUUUUUACGGGUUUUAGCUACUCUAUAGUGGAUAGCCUUAUGUCAUGAUACUGAACCUAAGUUUUACGGAAUCCUCAAAAAGAAUACAUUAUGGAAUGUAGUGUUUUCUUAAUUCUUCAAAUGGAAGAAACUUGGAUGAAGAAGUAUGUGAAAAAUGACAUCUCAGCCCUUUCUUCAGUUUGAAGCUCCAGGAAUUGAAGAUCUUUCUGGACUCCAAUUGUUCUCAACCAAAACAAAUUGAGUUUCUUAGCGCUUUUUUUGUCCUUUUUUAAAGUUUAAUUUAAGCAGUUUUACAGGUGCACCUUUACCCAUGCUAGGUCAACAGUGUUUCUGGGUUGACAUCUUUCACACUGCAAUUUACAAUAUUCUGUGAGAAAAUGUAGUGUUGCAUAUUUCAGAGAAGCUAUGAAAAAUACUGGUUUCUUUCUGAGCAGAGUAUACUGUACUAUACUGUACUAAAAUCUAACCUGAUUAAUCUUUGGCAGGCUCUUUUUUCACUACAUCUGAAUGACAUUAAGUGCCAAGUAGGUUUUGGUUGAGUAGAGCUUUGAGAACAAAUUUGGUAAAAUGUAAUAGGAAAAAAAAUCCUACAACACAAGUAGUGGCUUCAUUUGCACUGUUGAAAGAAAAAGAUGAUGUGACAUUUUAUGGAUAACUAUCUUGACCUCUGAUUACUUAAUAUAUUUUAAGAGAUGUGAAUUUGUUGUUUUGUAUAUUUUAUCAGAAUAAGCUAGCUAAUUGAGACUUUCCCCCCCAGAAUACCUGUAUCCCUUUUCUCAUCACUUUCAUUCUAUUGACUUUGUUUAGUUGAAUUGAGAACAUACCCUAUUAAAUAACUUGAGUUCAAAAUUUUAAGCCAGGUUGGCUAGAAUGCUCUUUGGACAUUGAGGUACCAAAAAAAUUUUUUUUAAACAUUCUGCUAUAGUUUUUCUUAGUGACUUUGGUUGAAAUUGUAGAAAUGCAGCUUAAACUAGACUUAGUGGUUAUUAAUUUCCUGGUCUUACUGUGAUUACCACUUUUACAGUAUUGGUGUCACUCCCAGAAAGUGCCUAAAGUUUAAUUUUCAGAUAUGCUUCCACAUUUAUAUUUCCCUUUAAAAGAAUGUAUAUCCUUACAGAGAAUUAAACAUCAAGUUUCUUAAACCCAAUUUUAGCUAUCUUAAUUUUUCUUCUACUGCCUAACUUUCUUUUUCAUUAAAAGGCCUGAAAACUGUGACCUUCAAAAGAGAAAUGAUUGCAAAAAUUGUCUACCUUGAUCCUUACCACCUCAACUGUGUUAAAUGGAAUACAGUCCUUGUUCUCUGGUUCAGAAUAGUUUCUGAUCAUUAAAUCUGAUGUUUUUAAAGAAAAGUUUUCAUUGUAACAGUGAGGCUAACAGCCCACAGGUCAUGUACACACAAACACAUCCGUUCCAUUUAAAGCAACAUGUGCUCCGGCUUCUGAUUAAAAAUAGCCAGAAGGACCAACUAACCAGGGAAAGUCAAAAGGGAAAGAGAUCACAGAAAAUUAAUUGGACACUUUCUCUUUAACUAAGAAGCCAUUAGACUACUUAGCAAAAUUAUAGUGACAUAUGCUCAGACCAGGUGGAAAGUUAUAAGUAGGCUUGGAAUGCCAGCAAAUGUUUUUAUAAAUUCCCAAAAAAGGAAUGCUCUUCAGUGCUCAAAAUCUUUCAAGCAAACUUUAAGUCUUUUUCUUAAAGAUUUUAUUUUAUAAGAUCUUCUUUAUUUAUUUGAAAGAGAGCGCACGCACAUACAUAAGGGGAGGGGCAGAGGGAGGAGCGGCAGAGACAUGGGGCUGAAUCCCAGGACCCUGAGAUCAGGAACCUGAGCCAAAGGCAGACACUUAACCAACUGAGCCACCCAGAUGCCCCAAGAUUUUAGUUUUAAGUUCUCUCUGUGACCAGUGUGGGGCUUGAACUCACGAUUCUAAGAUCAAGCGUCGGAUACUCCACUGGCUGAGCCAGCUAGGAGCCCCUAAGUCUCUAAAUAAGACUCACCAUUUUUCAGUUCAAGGAGCUGUGAUUUUGCAAAGUAGCUCUUCACUUUAAUACAUUUGAGACAUUCUUAUCUUUUGUUCUAGCAAAUGAUUACAAUCAUCUCCCUUGAAGUAUGCCUCUUAUUAGAAUUCUCACCUAAAACAUUCUUUUGGAUAGAAUUUUUCGAAUUGAACAUAUAGACCUAUGGUUGUUAGGCCUCUCCCCCUGAAUACUAAUUUUUGAACGUAUUGAUUGAUGAUUUAAAUAUUUGGUUAUUAGAGCUAAGACACAAAAAUUAAUGCAUUUUGAAAGAUGUUUUUGUUUCCAUCUGUUUCUUUGCUGUACUAUGGUUAUCCAUUUUUUAAAAACUUCAAAUAUAAGAUGUAUCUUCAAAUUAUUGAGGAUUUCAUCCACUCCAAUAUAUUAACAUCCUCCUGUGAAUAAAUUUAUAUAGACCUUCAUAUGCAUUGAGCUUUAUAGCUUGAAAUGUUUUUAAGGAGAAACUAUUUGAAUGAUAUAAAGAAUCUCUAGUUUUCUUUGGGCUUUUUUUUUUUUUAUUUCUCAAAUACACAAUUAUUUGUGGGUGGUCACUUAAGUGGAAAAAUAUUUGCAUUUGUGUUGAACAUUUUACUUUACCAUAUAUAAUUUUUAAGAAUUUUUGCCAACAACUGGCUUUCUGUGCAACCACCCCUUCCCAGCUGGACAUCUACUUUUCCUUUUUUUUUUUUUUUUUUUUUUUAAUGUUUUUUAUGCAGGAGAGAAGGAGGCAGCUCUCAACCAUUAAAGUUGCAGUCUUUAAUAUGGGGGUUUGGGAUGAAGGCAUUUCAUGAAGACAAGUCCAUAUACAAAUGUGUAAUAAAUAUUCCAAGAAAAGAAUGUCUCUUUGUGCUCUUAACUCAUUUUUUAAUUUUGCAGCAAAACAUUGCUUCUUAGGAAAUGUUUAAACCAGGGAGAAGUUGAUGCAAAUAACUAAACCAUUCCUUAUGUUUUUUUAAAUCUUAAAUUAUAUGUUAGCUUCUGAUUUCAGUGUCCUUUCUGACUGCUCUGGUUUGAAUUAAAUUCUUAAUACAACUGCAGUGCAUACCAAGCUUGCCUAAGACACCAUUUCCUGGAAUGUGAAGCCUUGGUGCCAUCAGCUAUCCACACAAACGCAGAAAGUUUUGUGACCGUGUGUUUCUGUUUUGUGCACUGUUAGGCUGGUUGUGAUGAAAAUCAGCUUAACUUUUGUAUGAGAUUAUUUCACUAACUGCCACAGUCAAAAUGAUCAAAUCUUUGUACGAUGGAAAUUAUUUAAAUUUUAUUUUUCUACUGACAUUUCUAAUUCUGGUAAAAUGUUUAUCAAUAAAGAAUUUCAAUUCUGUUACCUGGAA